AUGGUCAUGGGUAUAUUUUCUGCUGGUGUGACCGUCAUCAAGACGCUUUUGAGUUUCUACGGCUCUCUGCUGCAUUACUGGGUGCGUCGCGGCAGUUACGCGGAUUGCCCGUUCUUCUCCGACGACCUGCACGCCAAGACGUACCUGUACUCAAUCGCGCUGCUAAAUUCGCUGUGGAGCCAGCCGCACUACCGUCAUCCGAGCUUUUACAAGGACCUGGUCACAAACCUGCGCAAUGUUGCCAUUCCAGGCACGGGUGUGCCACUUUCGAUUGUAAGCUCCUCGCGUCUGAUCCUCUUCCCCUUUUUGCUCUUUGUCUACCCAUGGCUGUGUGCCAUUGGUGCUUUCUUUGAGCUGUCCAAAGAGUAUUCGAACAAGCAAGGAAACAUAAUCGAGAGGUUUUUGCGGACUUUUACGCAGAUCUUUGUGUGCCCGCAGAACUGGUUCGCCUUUUGGCGCAUCAACUGUCACGUAGUGAGUCUGCACAGCCUAAAGACCAAUUCACCCGGAUACAUUAUGGAGAACAAAUGGGAUUUUCUCAUUGAGGCCGAGAAGAAUGACAUUGCUGUGUCACCUUACCUCAAGACGCCAGGCUCGUUGGUCAUCAAAGACCGCAAUGAGGAAAGUGGAAUGGGCAUCUUCAUGUUUCAAAACGCUGUAGCCGGUGGAGACUGGAUCAUCCAGGAGAAGCUGGACAACUCGCCUUUUCUCAAGAAGCUGUUGCCAGAGGUUGCGCCUCUCUCAACCUUCCGCAUCAUCACGGCGUCACGUCACGGCCUGGGCAAGACAGCGGCGUUGAAGGAUGGUGGCAACGGUAUCAAGUCGCUCAGUUGCGUGUUUCGCGCCGGUCUAGCAGGCGCUGCGACAGAUCACAAGUCCAUUAUGUUCGACGUGGACAUGGAGUCUGGCAAAAUUCUUAAGGGAUCCACCACCACGCACUGGUACCGCGUUGGCCCGCACCACAUGUUUCGAGGCAACCUCAGCGUGGGACACGACAUCACCAACCACCCGGACACUGGUGUUCCUAUCACAGGCAACGUGAUUAAAGAGAUCAAGCAGAUGAAGCAGCUUGCGGAGGAGGCGCACUACAAGCUUAUGAAGGACGUGCCGCUCUGUGGCUGGGAUGUGGCGCUGACUAAUAUAGGCGUGCUGCUGCUGGAGGUCAACAUCUCGUGCAACUUUUUUUGUGGCACAUUCGACCAGCCAUGGUACUUCCAGUUCCUAGACGAUUACUUUCGCCAUCUUGAGAAGUUGCCCACGCCUGCAAAGAAGGUCAGCUAG